AUGAGUGCCUCCAAGGCGCAGUCUCAAAAGAUAUUUGAGAAACUAAAGCUCAAGCCCGCAAACAAGGUGCGCCCCAACAACCAACACCCCGCCUCCGUCUGCCGUCCUGCGAAUCCAACCUGGUCGUCGGUUCCCUUCGGUAUCUACCUCUGCCUUGAUUGCUCGGCUCACCAUCGCAAUCUCGGUGUCCACAUCUCCUUUGUUCGCUCCACAAAUCUCGACCAGUGGCAAUGGGAACAGCUGCGAGUGAUGAAGGUUGGUGGAAACGAGUCUGCGACCAAGUAUUUCCAAUCGCAUGGAGGAUCGGCUGCGCUGGCGAGCAAGGACCCCAAGACCAAGUAUACGUCCAAUGCCGCCGUCAAGUACAAGGAUGAGUUGAAACGGCGAGCCGCGGCGGAUGCGCAACAGUCAGUGGCCCAUACUCUAUCUCGGUAUCCUGAGGAGGUUAUCAUCACGGAUGUCCCUGCCGGCACUCCAUCAGACGGCUCCGGCACUCCUGCCGGUGACCAAGACGACGACUUCUUCUCUUCGUGGGACAAACCCUCGAUCAAGCGUCCGAGCAACCCUCCCUCCCGCACUGGCACGCCGCCCGUUGUGAGCCGCACCGGAUCCCCCUUCCUGAGCGCUGGCGCAAGCGCAAAUGGAUCUCGCUCGAAGUCCCCCCUCUCUGCGUCCGAUGAAAAGGCCUCAUCUCCCGCACCGACCGCCAUCCGCGCAAACUCCGCUACUCGCAAGGCCACCACGCCCGGCGCCGCGAAGAAGGGCAGUAUCCUAGGUGCCAAGAAGGUGCCCAAGCUCGGGGCUAAGAAGGUGGCCUCUAGCGAUAUCGAUUUCGAUGAGAUGGAGCGGAAGGCCAAGGAGGAGGCGGAUCGCAUCGAAAAACUGGGAUACGACCCCGAGGCUGAGAAAGCGGAGGCUCAGGCUAAGGCCGCAACCCCGUCAAUUACCUCUCCCACCCCGAUCAGCCCGAACCGAGCCGGCUUUGGCGCUACUGGCAAGACCCACGAGCGUACCGCGAGUGAUGUUGAGCGACUGGGUAUGGGCAUGAGCAAGCUUGGCUUCGGGCAGGUGUCGAAGCCCGCGGCUCCCAAGAAGCUGGGCUUUGGCGCCGUGGGACCUGCCAAGUCCAAUGUGGAUGAUGAGGAACUCGUUCAGGCCAAGUCUCGCUUCGGCACCCAAAAGGGUAUCUCCUCGGACGAGUUCUUUGGCCGCGACCGCUUCGACCCCAAUGCCCAGGCGGAAGCCAAACAGAGACUCAAUGAAUUCGACGGUGCGACUUCGAUCUCUAGCAAUGCCUACUUCGGCCGGCCCGAGGAUGAUCUUCCUGCGAUCGACGAUGGUUACGGAGACCUGGAAAAUGUAGCCAAGGACUUUGUUCGACGCUUUGGCAUCACCGCAGGUGAUGACAUCGAGAACUUGUCGCAUCUUGUCGGCGAGGGAGCCACAAAGCUUCAAGGUGCUAUCCGCAACUACCUGAACAGCUAA